UUUAUAGUAACAAAGUGUAGUAGUUUAAACAAAAAUUCUCACAGGAAGGAUUAAAGCUAUCAAAAAUAUGUACAGUAGUUUUUUAAAGGGUGAGGAGGUAAUUAAGAAGCAAUAAUUUUUCUGAUAAUCAAAGGAGGAACCUUACUUUACAGUUGCAAAUCAUUUUCGUCUAUCGUAUCGUAAAAAGAAAGGUUCAACUUCCAAGUCAAGUGUUCAUUUACUAAUUGCUCCAUUUGAUUAUUUUGGGAGUUGAAUUAGCCCCAUUUUCCAACAUCCCUUUCGGGUUCUUCUUUCUACCUCAUUUCCCUGUUAAUGUUUCAAUCAACAUUAAAUUCCUACUUUGAUUCCUCACCGCUCUUGCUAUAAUAGAAACUCAAGACCCAGCACCACGCAAUUUAAGAGUUUAGACCAAUUCAAAAAUUCCUUCCCUUAUAUAUACAGAACCAUAUUGUCUAUCUAGUCAUCUCAUCCUACCCUAACAAACUACGUAGUAAUCAUCAAUUUCCUCACUAGCGACUUCCAAAAAACGUCGAAUUAAGAAAUUAGUUACCAAAAACUUAAGAUAUGGACAAAAUGUUGUGCAUGAUGGUCUUUGGUGUUUUAGCCGUUGCAAGUAUGAUGCAAGACGCAACAGCCCAAACGGUGCAUGUAGUUGGGGACACCAUGGGUUGGAUCAUACCAAGCAAUGGCACGGCAGCUUAUACAAAUUGGGCUGCUGGGAAAACCUUCAGCGUUGGUGACACACUAGUAUUCAAUUUCACGACUGACCGACAUGACGUGCUGCAAGUAGAAAAAACAUCGUUCGAUGGUUGCAAUUCACUGAAUGCCAUAGGGAAUGCUAUAAUGACAGGACCAGCUAAUAUGACUCUAAACUCUACUGGAGAACACUACUAUAUUUGCACUUUUGGUAUGCACUGCCUAAAUGGCCAGAAAUUAGCUAUUACAGUUUCCAGCGGCACUGGUACUCCAGAAGCCAACCCGCCUAACCCAAGCAAUCCAACAACUCCUGUUGUGCGACAACCAGAAGCUUGUGCACCUACACCCUCUGCUGCAGGACCUUCAAAUUCUGUUCCAGGUGGUCGUGCUCCUCCUACGCCUUCGUCCUCAACGACCGUGUUGGCCAGUUUUGUACUCAGUCUGUCCACCAUUGCCUUGGCCACUUUACUUUAAAUUGGGUAAAUUAAGGAGGUGUUGAGCUUCCUAGUUUAUACGUAAUAAUAAUGUGAUGAAUUUUUUUUAAUUAUUGGAUUGAGUUUUGUUUUGUGAGUGGCAGUAAAAUUGUUGUAUUGUUUUUACGAUCAUCAUCAGUGCAGAUUAUUUUGGUACAGUAGGCAUGUCCCCUUGUAGUAUCGAAUAAACAAUCUAUAAGUAACAGUUAUGGUGUAUUUUAUCAUACCAAUAUUUGU